UGUUAAUGUUAAUCUAGAAUGUUAAUCUCAUGUGUACAUGCGAGUCAAAUGAACAAAGCACUUGACAAACCUCUUUUCCAUUAACUAUUCCGUUCCUUUUUACUGUUCCUUUCAGUGACAUUGUUCCUUUGCAGCCCCCUCCCCUCCAUCUCUUACGUAUUCCCUUAGAUUCUACCGUCGCUCUUUUUUAAUCGAAUCAAGCCUUGCUAUUUACAGUACGACUAGGUGCACAUUGAGCGAAUCUCAGCCAUCUCGCGCCAGAUGGACGCGAUCCUUCGUGCGACACUUACAAUUACAUGGAGACUCACGUAGAUGAGGGCACGCCUUUGAGCAACUACCUCGAGGGCACGGGGGAAAGAGAAGAAACUCAGUGGCAGGAACCCGACGACGAUAGGAAUUAUGAUACCUCGCCAUCAUCAAGCCCACCGCGAGAGUUCGCCCCGAGAGGGUUUGCUAAAGUCCGGAAGAGGUUUCGGGAGCAUCUCCCUAGACCCCUGCGUAUCGAUUCCAACAAUAUCCCAUCCCGUCUCAACUUAGACGAGUUCCAUAACCAUGCCUCCCCUAUACUCGAUGUGUUACGGCUGUUAGUCGAAGCAGUAACUUCAUCUAUCGAUCAUGCUCGAUCGAUCGGUUUCCUUGAGCGGCUGCGCCUCGCAAUCAUACAGUCCCAACUUUUAGACAACCCCUUAGUAUUAGGCUAUCAAGCCUCGGAAGACCCUGCGCUAUCGCAACCGGCUGGCGAGCCAAACUUCCAUGGGAUUACAGUUUCCGGCGCCGUCGCCGCUGUUGUGUUCGGCUUCGGUACGGCAUUACUCGUCCGUUGGUUCUCGCUGGAAGGGUUUAUGCCAACAUGGAGGGGGUCAAUAGCUUUCGUUGUGGUAGUGUCUAUAACGUCCCUAGUCGCGAGAGCAUACAUACGAAGGCAGAUUUUAAGAAAUAUCCAGAAGCAAGGACUAUUAGAAGCCUCGACAUUUUUCUCGCUCUCCCGAGAGUAUGACUGCGCAAACAGUGCAGCAUUAAACUUCGUGAUGGAGGUGGAAUUAGUCGCCCGUGGAUAUCGACUGAGCACACCCAUCCCCCCUAUUAGUCGACUAGAGAAUAAUGGGCAAAACGUCAAGUGUCUUCAGCUUAGGAAAGCCCUCCGAAACAGCUUGACGGAAGUCAUUUCUAAAUAUUACCAAGUGGCCUUUACGAUUUGGGCAUUUGCGGAACAGACCGAACUGCUGCAGCUGCAAUCCCAGUAUCAGUUCACAGUCGCCGAUGUGGUGGAAAGGUUUCAGGUGUUUUCAAAAACUGAUGCCCAGGAUGCCGAGAAGUUGCAGCCUUUAAAAGAUGCCGCAUUCCUCUUCCACGAUAUUCGGAAGAUGUUUCUGAGCGGCCUGCUUGCUCUUCACACCGUCGGCAACGAUUCUGACCGACUUCGUUUUACGACUAUAUUAGAAGCGUUUGAGGAAUUAAACACGGUCACGAAGCAAGCUUAUACGCGGGUGAGGGAUAUCCUGGCUGAUAAUGACUUCCCAAUUCCCAAAACUCCUCGGAGUCCUGAGACGCCUAGUCAUGAUCGAUGGCGCCACCAAGUCCGCAGAUUGAAUUCGAUGACUAUGAAUAUCCGCAGUGUGCAGGCUAAAUUGCAUCUUCUACGUGAGGAGUCAUCCAAGGCUUUGAACGAGGCUGAUGAUAUUACCGAUUUGGGGCCAUUGUUCAUGGCCCAGUACGAGUCAAUCGGGCAAGAUCUACGGGAUCUAAUGGAAGCAUGGCAGACAGGAAAGGCUUCGCUAGCGUCUGGUAUCGAUAGAAAUGAGAAACGUCUAUCAUCUAUGGGCUCUACGCUCAUGUCUCCCCUAAGCACGAUGAGUGGACGGACUAUAGCGGAAGAGGAUGAAAACAGCCAGGACGAAGGCGUUGCUGACGCAUACAAGAAGCUUACUGGAGGAUCUUCGCCGCCGUCAGAGCCGGAGCCAGAAGUAUUCGAGGCCAUAUCGAUUCCUCGCCCAAAGAGUUUAUUCACGCGGGAAGAGAGGAUAAUUAAGAUGAGAGAGGACCGCAAAUCUAAAGAAAUUGCCAAGGCGAAGGCCGAGGCCCAAAGGGGCAUGAUGCGAGAGCUGCAAGGAGUAUUAGAAAGGAAGCCCGGACUUGGUCGAGUCUCUCUUUGAAAUUUUUCGUUAACACUGUAUCAUUUCGACAAACAGCACCAGUUGGGCCCAAGGCGCGGGUAACGAUUAGAUUAUGAACUGGGUCAUCGGUUGCAAUAUGGCGCAUUUGGGAUAGAGAGCGAUCCGAAUCGAAGUUGACUUCGUCAUGGCGUUUGCUUUAAUUGGGUUUGGGGGGGAUUUACUGCAUAAGAGAGCUGGUCAUCCAUACGAUCUUUGCCUAUAAUGUCUUUUCUAUGUUGCGAGUACAUACACAUAAAUCAGUCGCCUUGCUAGGCGUAUACAUAAGGUACAUACAUAAUAAAACCUCACUUGAGAAGACACAA